AGGGCCGGGCACGGCCAGCCUAUGCCCAUCCUCGCUGGGUUCACCUCCAACGAAGGCGCCUACAUGUUAAAAUUCAGUCCUCUUGACUUCAGCCUGGAGAACACCAGCCACAUCGGCUGGGAAGAGCUGCUGCAGGUGGUGAGGCUGGGAAUGCCAGGGGCCCCAGAAGAGGCCGUCCAGAUCGUGGCACAGCGGUACAGCCAGGAGAGGCAGGAUGAGGGACGGUACUUAUGGGCCAUGGAUCAAACCACUGGUGACCGCCUCUUUGUGUGCCCGGUAGCCGAGGUAGCUGGGCGAGAGGCGGAGGCCGGCAGUCCUGUGUACACCUACUACUUCACUCACCGCAUUCCUGGCUUGUCUUUACCUGAGUGGAUGGGGGUGCCACACGGCUCCGAGGUGCCCUACCUCUUCGGGACCCUGGCGUCCAUGUGGGGCGCCAACUACACUCUCACAGAGGCCGAGACCGGGCUGAGCCGCAGGGUGAUGCGGUACUGGGCGGAGUUUGCCAGGAGCGGGAACCCCACAGGGUCAGAGGGCAGCAAGGAGCAGUGGCCCCUCUACAACUCCAAGGAGCAGAACUUCGUCCGCAUCAGCACAGAGCCGCCCCAGGUCCAGGGGACAUCGCCCGCCCAGCACUGCGGCUUCUUAGCAUCGCUGCUCAAAGAGACGCCGAGCCCCACAGCUGAGAUCCACAGAACUGCUAACCCCUCAAGGAAGAAGGAACAUGAGGAAGAGAAGGAGAACUGAGCCCCAUGGAGGAAGCCAGGACCUGCAGCAUCAAAUCCCAGAUGUCUACCACCAGCUGAGCAAAGGGAGUAAUUCCCCCAGCUGGGAGUCAGCAGGUGGCUGCUGUAGUAAUUAAUCUGGCCACUAGACGGCGAUAUCAUCCUAUUCACUAGCCCACGAAAGCUUAUGCUCAAAUAAAUUUGUUAGUCUCUAAGGUGCC